UUCACCGGGGUAAGGUAUCCGGUUCCUUGACGUACGAAGCUGUAAUAUCGAAGAGCUCUUGUGACCAGUGAUGUGGUCACAGAUGCCUGACGAACCUUUGAGCUGCCUCAGCUUCCAGCUCCAGCUGCCAUCCCUCUGUAAUGGUCAAGAAUUAUGUCCAUCUUCCGAUCUCGCUCGUCGAAACAAUCAAAUCAGACCCAGAUUAUCGCCGCUUGGCUAAUUCCCUCUCAGUCAACGAUGAAUUCUAUGCUAUGAAGAUUGCAAUAUUGGACCGCCAUAUCAAAGAAAUCGAUGCGAACACCUUACACUCCAAAAUUCGUCUAGGAGAGGACUACCCAGCGCACGCAAAAUUAGCUUUUCUUCACUUUGCAGCCUCGACGGGAGAUCUAUUGGCUGCUCAUGAAAUUAUUUAUCUUGGAUCCAACAUCGAUGUCCCCGAUUUCGAAGGAUAUACUCCGCUGCACCUUGCUGUCCAUACCAUUCGCUGUGCUCAGUUUAACAAAUCUUCGUCUCUGAAACACGCCCGCGCGUCGCGUCGCCGUAUAGUCAAAGUCAUCCGCCUUCUGCUCGAGCAUCAUGCAGAUGUCAAUCUCGUACUGGAGGGACAGUGCCCCCUCACGCACGCGUGCAUGAUCAAAGACUGGGAGUUGAUUGAGCUCUUUGCGAAAUAUGGCGCAAACCCGGCGCCCCCAGAGUGCUAUGUGCCCCCUUCUUCGUUUCUUCAAAACGCCGAUCUGAUUUCCCUAUUCAAUGCUAUCUUUGAACGCUACGCCGCCUCCCCCUUCGUACGAGAACCACGACCAUGUCCCUGCUUUUCAGGCCUACCCCUCGCCGAAUGUCACGCGAAAGAGGACAAGGCGUACCCUCCGGACUUCCUUUGCUUCUGUGUUAGCGAGAAACGAUUUGGAGCUUGUUGCAGUAGGAGGAACGUUUUCGCAUAUGAACAAUGGAAUGAGUCGCAUCAACGCAUCGAAGUCAGCUUGUCUAAUCGCAUUCCACCCGAUCCUCUCGAACAGGAACCGACGCACCCCAUGUACAAAAUCAUCGAGAGGGUGCAAAAGAUGGUGAAAAUGACGGGGGAUGGAAGGACAGUCGAUCAGUUCAGACAUUUCGGGUGUCGCCAGAAGAUAGAUUCGGGAUUCUUUACGAAGGAAAACUCCCCCGCCCAUGUAUUUGAACGUGUUGAGAAUAUGGCACUCAACGAGAGGUUUCCUGAGCUCCGACUCGAUCCGGCGUUUCGAUAUGCACUGAAGAAGGUAGAUUUUCGACCAUGGCCCAUUGGACGACAGCAAAGUAAAGCAUUAUGUCUGGACCGCCAAACGACCUGGAAUGCGUUAGUGGACGAAUACAUCGAGACCUCAGGGGAUAGCCGAGCGAAGCUCGACAUAGAACGUGGAGCAAAAUUAGGUAUCUCCUUGGGCGCCCUCUACCGCGUUUGCGAGAACGAGGGCUGUGACGUUAUGGAAGGUGACGGCGUACCCACGCACAAACUCUGCGGUGGGUGCAAAAUUACGGUCUACUGCAGCACCGUAUGCCAGAGGGCCGCCUGGAAGACUCACAAAAAAGUGUGCGGGAAACUAGGACUGAGGGAGCAGGCAUUACCGUCUCAGGAAAAACUCGAUAAAGUUACGUGGGAGAGAUUCGCAGAGAGGCUUGAAAUGGAAAAUGUGGGGUAACCAUGCUAAGAGAAGUCAUGUGGCUAAAUGAAUGAACGAGCAAAAUAGGCAGCAGCUCAGGGAUACCAUAAAGCUUGUGGAAAGAGAAUCAUAGUUCGGAUAAUAGGAAAAUAAUCGUCUAAAUUGCAUGAAAGAAUUAGUAAAAGUAUGUACCAUUAGAGCGCAUUAGGUAGAGCAACUCAAUAUGAUCCUGGUGUCGCCAUCAACACUUCCUGUCUAUGCUGACGCGUCCCAAAUGAUAUGGCUACUCCGAGUCGGACUCCGCGUCGCUUGUCGCAAUUUCUGAGAAGCUCUUCGGUGCUAUUAAGCAUGUCGAGUUGGACAGACAGUUUCAUUAGGUGAAAAAUAACGCGCGCUUUCGCGGCUUCAAGCUUGUCAAGAUCCACGAUCUGUUUGC